ACGAGCAUGCUCAAAACACCGGAAGUUCCUAGGUCUAACUCCUAAUAAAAAAAAAACUAAUGGUAGCGUUUGGAGUAUAAACCUGCUUAUGUUUUUUUUCAACCUGUCCAUGAAAAUGGGCAUUUUGAAAAUUCUUCUUUGUUUAAGUCUUCUACUUUGUGUGAACUGUGAUGACCCUAAAGUGAACAUUAUUGAAACAGAUCCACCUCUAGAUCCAAUCUCCAAGACCAUCAUAUCAAACCAGGAUAAAGAUGUGCAGCUGAGUUGUGUAGUGGAGAACAAACCUUUGGAUGUUGAUGUGCAAUGGGAAUAUCAGACCAAAAACUCCAAUGCAACUCUUGUGCCCAUUUCUACCGGCACUAGAUCAUAUGAUGCUUUUAGGUGGGCUAUCGACAACCCGUCCCCCACAACAUGGCGUCUUAGGAUUCAGAACGUGCAGUUGACAGACGAGGGAAUAUACAGGUGUAAAGUUCAAGUCCAGUCACAGAACUAUGUGAAAAUGGAAAGAGAGCUUCGUGUUGUCAUGAAGCCCCAGAUAUCUGAUCUGGACACUAGUAAUGACAUGACCAAAAAUGCAGAUGACCCAGCCAAGCUGGAAUGUUUUGCUACUGGUAUACCUAAGCCUUUAAUCAAGUGGACCAGGAUGGCCGGUGAGCUCUUACCUAAUGGAGGUAAAGAGUUUCAGGGUAAUGUUUUGACUAUUGACCGUAUCCAGUCCAGUCAUGGUGGUGUCUACAACUGUUUUGCAGAGAAUUCUGCUGGCACAGACUUCCGACAAAUUAGGAUCACAGUUAACUUUCGCCCGGAGGUGUACACUGGCUCACCUAUUGUGAAACAAGCCGUUGGGUACAACAAGGCUCUUGUUUGUAACAUCAAAGGUUAUCCUGCCCCUGCUCCUGAACAGAUAGCCUGGUCCAAAGAAGGCAGACCAGUUUUUUCUACUAGCAGAACUGAGAUCCGUAACAUACCAGGUGCUUCUAAUAGAAUCACUAGUAUCUUGGUUAUAAGGGACAUCCAGCAGUCUGACUUUGGAAGGUAUCAGUGUUCUGCUGAAAAUGAAAAGGGAUCAAGAUAUGUAACAAUGGAACUACAAUCUUCUCCUGUUCCUACGGCAGACCGUACUGGAAGUAUCAGAAAUGGUGUCACCUUCUUGUCAUUCAAUUUAGCCACGGUGUUUAUGUUAGUAACUGUCAUCCUGUUACACAAUGUCCAACUACACAGAUAGAAUGUGUUUUUUUUUUUUUUGUGUGUAAGUUUCCUUCCCCCUCACCCCAUCUACACUUUUUCCCAGUUCUGUCUUUAAACAUUCUCAUAAUUAUUGAUUUAAAUUGACAUUAUUAUUUUUGUGUGUAAUUUUAUUCGAUAGAUGAUCAGCUGUUCCUUCACUUCAGGGAAACUUUGGGGGAAAGGGAGAGGCUGUUGUACUAGUUCACUGUUUGACUUGUAGGUUGUAAUUCAAAUUUAUUUAUUUUUAUAUUGAAUUGAGUGUCUUAGUUAAUCCAAAUCAACUUUUUGAACAUUAAUUUUGAAGCUAUAAAGCUGAGCAAAAGUAAUUAAGUUCUGGUAUUAUUAUUAUUUCUUUUUAGAAAAACUAGAAGGAAAUUUGUAACAAAUUUAAUAGUAAAAUUAUGGUAUCAAGUAACCUUGAAAUAUAGAUCUAAUAGUUUGUAUUUUGUGAGGAUGGUCAUGAAAUGUUAUAGAAGUCAAGCAAAUCUGUUCUCUGGAUGCAAGUAAUGGUGUAAGCAAAGAUCUCAGGAUCACUGUGGUUUUCUUUUUUUUAAUGUAAAUGUUUAAAUUUUUUUUUUUCAAAACUUAUAGCUUAUAAAAUAUGACUUAUAAACAAUUGCUAUAGCCUAACUUUUUUAAAAAUAAUAAUUUAAAUGAUUUUUUUUUUGUUUUGCUAAAACACCACUAAAGCUCAAUAAUACAUUUCACGAUUUUUUUUCAGGGAACACUUUUUUUUUUUACUUUGUGUUUAGCCCAACAAUUUUGCUGUGAAUAGCUCUGGGAGAUUUUAUUAUUAGACUAUAUAUUUUGAGACUCCUUGUACACUUUUCAUUUGUCUUGCACAUGUCCAAGUGGACUGCUCAUUCUUGUGUGUGGAAAUGGAUUAUUAGUUGUGUCUAUGUGUGUGUGUGUGUGUUGCAUGUGUAUGUGUACAUGCCUCUGACCAUUAUGUACAUAAUCACAUAUAUAUUAGUACCUAGUUAUAGAUUUUAAACUUGUUUCAUCAAAAUUGACCAUCUUGUGUGUAAAUAUGUUACUUUGAACACAUUCCAACUCAAGUCAGCAGCUAUUUUUUUAAAUUAUCAUUGAGAUUGUAAUUUACUUCCCUCUACACAUUUCUGAGAUAGGCUAACUUUGUUUCACAUUACUCUGAUGAAAUAUAGAUCUAUUAUUUUAGGGAUAGAAUUGAAUGUGUUUUUUUUUUUUGGUUCUUGAAUACCUUUUAUUAUUAAUCAAAUUCCUUGAUACCCUAGGACCAUUCCAAUAUACUAUUAAAAUGCAAUUUUUAUAUGCAAAAUUUCCAUACAUUUUUUUAAAACUAUUUGUUUAUCAUUUCAUAUUUAAAUCUUUCCAUAUUUUAUAAAAUAAGUGAGCAGCAGGUUUGUUUUAUUCUUGUACAGAUUUUUGUUCGAUGAAUUCUUCUUUGUCUUGUUUAUCAAUUACAUUCCUUUUUAUAUACUUUGCAUAAUCUAUACCAGUGCCAGGUUGCAGUACUAAGUCUUUAAAAUAGACCAUCAUUUUAUGAAUUCUAAAUUUAUUGUAUGUUAUGUACAAAAGAAAAUGUUUCAUGCAGAUUUUAGUUUAACCAUCAUGUCAAGGCUCUGAAAAGGAGUUGUUAUACUAUGAUAACAAGGAUGUCACAAAGAAUUUUGGCUUGUAAUAAGAGUUUAGGUUUAUUUUUGAGUGACCCAAGAGCUUAAAUAAGUUGUAUGUAUAUAGUAGCCUAUAAGAUAUUAUCAGUUUAUAUGAAAGUUUAAGAUUUGUAUACAUAAAAGGAUGAGAAUAUUUUUGUUAGUUCUACUGUUAACAUGUUUAUUAUGGUACUAUUAUAUCUAAUUUUUUAAAAUAAAAAUAAACUUACAAAAAAA